UGCAUCCACCUCACCUCGACCACCACCAUCCCCGCCUCCUCGCCCCCCACGACCAUGACUGCCUCUCUCCUCGACCGCAUCAGCCUCCCGAACGACAACUCUAUCGGCCCCGUGCGCAGCCGAGGCAACCGCGCUGGCGGGACGAGCCCAUAUAACCGCAACCAACGCCCGCCCCCGAAAGGCGACGUCAACGGAACGUGGACGCACGACCUCUACCAGGGCUCUGGGGCCCGCGGGGGCUCGCUGAGCGCACGGCUCUCCAACUCGCCCGCAAACGCGCCGAAGAUGAAUUUCACGACCGCGGACAGGGCGCUGCGGGAGGCACUUGGCGAGAAGGGGCUCAGCAUCAAGGGCGCGAGCAGCAGGGGGAAUGUCGUGGAGGUGGCGGGGCUGGCGAACGGGACGAGCGCCGCAGAUGUUGAGGCCAUCUUCAAGCGCUGCGGCCCAAUCACCAACUCAGUCCUCUCCAAGCGCGACCCACCCGUCGUGCGGGUGACCUUCAAGCACGAGAAGGACGCGCAAGACGCCGUUGCCAAGUUCGACGGGCAGCCCGCAGACGGGCGCACGCUCAGCGUGCGCGUCGUCGGCGGCGUGAACGCGACGCUCGUCGGCCGGCUCGAGGGCGCCGUAGUGGACAGCGACAGUGUGGAUGUGCUUAUGGACGAUGGCGGGUCGAGCGGGUCGUACGUGCUCCGUUCGCGUCUACCGUACGACCGCCGCUGACUCGUGAUAUACAGGAAACUGCGCUCGGAUGACAUCCUGGCGAGGGACACGCGCGCGACAGUGCUCGUUGCCCCGCCGGGCAUGAAUCCAGCGGACUACGUCCAGCGUCCAGGGCGCGGCCGAGGGCGCGGCCGGGGCGGGCGUCGGCGUGG